GAAAUAUAUAUAUAUAUACACACACACAUAGGAAGAUAUGAUGGGCUACGAGCAGAUGAAUCAGAUGACAGUGACGACAACGGAGAUAAUGAACUUUAAUAAGAUGGGACAGAUCAAUAGUCCACAUAAGAAAACGACUAGGAGAAGUGUACCGGCAAUUGAUGGUGGUGCAGCGGCGACGGAAAGAGAAGGAGAUCGUCCACGGAAUCUCAAAACUCUCAAUCUCAGCGGCAUGUCCAUGGCUUCCCUCUCAGCAUCUUCUAUCAACUUAGCUUCUAUAUCAAAACUCGAUCUCUCAAACAACAAUAUUCAGCAAAUUCCUGAAUCUCUAGUGGCGAGAAUGCUAAAUUUGUGGGCGUUAGAUUUGCACUCAAAUCAGCUCAAAACACUUCCCAACUCCAUUGGAUGUCUUUCUAAGCUCAAGGUUCUUAAUGUAUCCGGAAAUAAUCUACAGUAUUUCCCCAAAACUAUCGAAGAUUGCAGAUCGCUGGAAGAGCUGAACGCCAACUUCAACGAACUAACCAUGCUUCCAGACACGAUAGGGUUCGAGUUAACGAAUCUGACGAAGCUCUCCGUGAACUCAAACAAGCUUGUCGUGUUACCUACCUCCCUUGGCCACUUGACGUCGCUACGUGUCAUAGACGCCAGGCUUAACCGUCUUGUCUCGCUUCCUGAUGAUCUAGAGAACCUCGUGAACCUUCAGGUCCUUAACGUUAGCCAGAACUUCCAGCACUUGAAGGAGUUACCUUACUCCGUUGGGUUGUUGAUAUCUCUCGUGGAGCUUGACGUUAGUUAUAACGGAAUUACGGUUUUACCAGACUCCAUAGGCUGUCUCCGCCAGAUUCAGAAGCUCUCUGUCGAGGGAAAUCCUCUUGUCUCCCCACCUUUUGAAGUGGUGGAACAAGGUUUGGAAGCAGUGAAGCAGUACAUGAGCGAGAAGAUGACCGAGUCUUAUAAGAAAACUUCGACGAAGAACAAGUUUUGGGGCAUUGGUAAGAUGGUCAAGUACCAGACAUUUAACGGCCUGAGCUCAUCGCCGGGAAGGUCUCCGGGAAGGUCUCCGGGAAGGAGAACCGGCGGUGACGAGAGGGAAGGCUUUAUCAACGUCUCCGAUUACCGCCAAAUCGACGGAAUAGCUUCCCCGAGACAUGUGUCCCUCUUUAACCCGAGACGCCUCUUAUCUCCAUUCUCCACGUAUUUCUCUCCUCCAAGGUAUUAGCUAAGGUUGUUUCUCUCUUGUUAUUUUCACAUUUUAUUUUUUGCAUGCAACGUUAUUUUCUUGUAUGUUUUUUAUUUUUAUUUUACUAUACGUUCCUUUUCAUGUAUUAUAGACUUUUGAG